UAGUAGUAGAUAAAGAGAGAAUCGAACUAGAAGAAAACGGAUUUUCAUCGGAUAAAAUAGCUCGACAGUUAACUGAAGAAGAUGGAGGCCGUACAGUUAUCGACCGUUGCCUCCCGCCAUUUCUCCACCACAUCACUAACCCUAGCCAACACUACAACAAACUUAAACCUCUCGAACUGCAAUAAAUUUCGGUCUUCAUGGACCGGUUGUUCAGGCACUGUCGCUUCACUUUCUUCUAGAAAUUUAUUCACCAGGGAGAUAUGGCGCUGGGUGAACUGCAAGAGUAGUGUUGUUACUCUAAGAAGAGAUUUCCACAGCGCGGUAAAAGCUGAAAUGUUUGGCCAGUUAACUACUGGACUUGAAUCUGCUUGGAGCAAGCUUAAAGGAGCUGAAACUUUGACAAAGGAAAAUAUUGCGGAGCCUAUGAGAGAUAUGAGGAGAGCCCUUUUGGAAGCAGACGUGAGUCUUCCUGUUGUUAGAAGGUUCGUUCAGUCGGUUACUGAUGAAGCCAUUGGUGUUGGACUUAUACGAGGAGUGAAACCUGAUCAACAGCUGGUCAAGAUUGUACAUGAUGAGCUUGUGAAAUUGAUGGGUGGAGAGGUGUCUGAACUGGUUUUUGCAAAAUAUAGCCCAACUGUUAUCUUAUUGGCUGGUUUACAAGGAGUUGGGAAGACAACAGUUUGUGCUAAGUUAGCUAAUUAUCUUAAGAAACAGGGGAAGUCUUGCAUGCUUGUUGCUGGAGAUGUUUACAGACCUGCUGCUAUUGACCAACUUGUUAUUUUGGGUGAACAGGUGGGUGUGCCUGUUUAUACGGAGGGGACAGAGGUUAAACCUUCAGAAAUAGCUAAAAGAGGCUUAGAGGAGGCCAAAAAGAAAAACAUAGAUGUGGUCAUAGUAGACACUGCUGGAAGACUUCAGAUAGAUAAAGGAAUGAUGGAUGAGCUAAAAGAAGUGAAGCGGGUACUGAACCCCACAGAAGUCUUGCUUGUCGUGGAUGCAAUGACUGGUCAAGAAGCUGCAGCAUUGGUUACAACUUUUAAUCUUGAAAUUGGAAUUACGGGUGCUAUUUUGACGAAGCUGGAUGGGGACUCUAGAGGUGGUGCAGCUUUGAGUGUUAAAGAGGUAUCAGGUAAGCCAAUUAAGCUUGUAGGGCGAGGAGAGCGGAUGGAGGAUCUUGAACCUUUCUACCCAGAUCGUAUGGCUGGACGCAUCCUAGGAAUGGGAGAUGUUCUAUCAUUUGUAGAAAAAGCACAAGAAGUUAUGCGUCAAGAAGAUGCUGAAGACUUGCAAAAGAAGAUAAUGAGUGCCAAGUUUGACUUCAAUGAUUUCCUGAAGCAAACUCGAGCAGUUGCACGUAUGGGGUCCAUGACUCGUGUCAUAGGGAUGAUCCCAGGAAUGGGAAAGGUUACUCCUGCACAAAUUCGAGAAGCAGAGAAGAGUUUAAAGAUAAUGGAGUCAAUGAUUGAAGCAAUGACUCCUGAGGAAAGAGAGAAGCCAGAAUUGCUGGCAGAAUCUCCUACCAGGAGGAAGAGAAUUGCUCAGGAUUCUGGAAAAACAGAGCAGCAGGUGAGUCAACUUGUUGCUCAACUCUUCCAAAUGCGUGUCCGAAUGAAGAAUCUAAUGGGUGUAAUGGAGGGUGGAUCUAUUCCUGCUCUGAGUAAUCUUGAGGAUGCACUUAAAGCUGAACAGAAGGCUCCUCCUGGUACAGCAAGGAGGAAGAGAAGAUCAGAAUCAAGAAGGCAAUUUGCAGACUCAGCUUCAUCAAGGCCAAGCCCUCGUGGUUUUGGGUCAGGAAAUUAGGAACUGAAAGAUGGUGGGCACUCGAGCCAAGACUAGAAGCGUGAAUGCAUCGCAGACCUCAAAUUCCCAUGACUGCUCACAGAUUGCUCUUCUUGCUAUGAAGGAAGAGUUGGAAGUGUUCUUUUAGCUAUUAGGACUCAAUUCUCUUCUGAUCUUGAGUUGAGUGCAUUCUCAAGACGAUGAUAAUUUUUUGCCAGUCACUGUAACUAGACACCAUAUAUUGAUGUCUGUAGGCUGUCUAGGAAUUCAAAUGUGUAUUCUCGAGAAACAAAAACCAGAUACCAGAAAGGAUUAUUACAGUAA